AUGGCGUCUACUAAAGCGAACUUCUGUGUGCUUUCUUACAGAAACUUGAGCUGCUGCUGUGCAACUACAAAACGAACUACAGCUACUGGAACCUUAACGGAAACUAAACCUGCCUCUCCACUGGUUUUCCGCUUCAUCUGUUCGGUACGAGCCGGCAGUUUGUCCGCAUGUCGGAAGCACAGCAGCGUCGUCACUGUGAACACCUUCAACACCUUCAUCAUCUUCAUCAUCAUCUUCAUCAUGUUCUGCCAGCUCGUCGUUUUCUGCAGCGUCCUGACCUCUGUUCUCUGCUGUGAUUGGCUCACACACUACAACCUGAGGAACCAAUCACUCAGGCUCGUCGAGCUCAUGGGUGGUCAGCUGGAUGAACAAGACAGUCCGCGUUUCUUAUCGUACAACAUCUACAGGUGCAUCGAGACAUCAGAGGUGGAGUCUCAGCUGGUUUUCAUCAGAGACAGUCUGAGGUUGAUUUCCCGCCUCUAUCAACAUGACAACGUGUCGUCAGCUGCCUGGAGCGCCGACAAGACCGAAACCUUCCGGAUAAACAUCCACCGACAGACCGAGGAGCUCAGCCACUGUGUGUCGAAGCAGCAGCUGGCGAACAGCAAAGCCAGGAGGUGCUACCGGAGGCUGGAGAGAACUCUGUAUCGUGCUGUUGGCACUGCAUCCUGGGAGGUGCUCAGGGCUGAAACCAAAGUUCACCUGGAGCAGGUGGAGCUGCUGGCAGCCUCCAUCAACCAUGCAGCCUCCACCACCAAGGGGCGCUCUACAGCCUCCACCGGCAGGGGGCGCUCUGCCGCAGCUCAACAGCAGCACUAAAACAACAUGUUUCUAUUUAUUCAUUUCCUUGUUUAUUUAUUUAUUUAUGUAUUUAUUUAUUUAAACUCGGUGCUUGAUAUUUUUAAUUGUAAGCUUGUAGCUGGAAAUACUUUGGGAAAAGUAACUGAGAACUUUCACUGGAGCAGAGUUUUGUUUUACUGCUGGUUUACUUCAGGGUUUCACUGUAAACCUCUUGCAGCUGAAACAGAAUUCUCUGUCUGGAUUUGACUCAUUUUACUGAUGUGACUGAAACAUUUGACAUUUGGGACUAGCAUGUAAACCAAUGGGACCAACAUGUAGACUAAACAUUUGAGUCUCAGCGUUUUGUUAAUCAGUUUCACA